GACAGAAAAAUGUGCGUAGCCCAGUGGAGGCGUGUGCUGGGUCGACCAAUGGGAGCUCGAGUCAACCGCGAGACCGCACAUGUUUACAGGCAGCAAUCCGCCGGUAGAGGCGCUGGCUCUUGGCAGUCGGCUACGGACUGGAUUAUCUAGAAUAUGGAUCCGGAGUUACUGUACGCGGCUAUUUCAGCAAAUUUCACCCUGUCAGACGGCAAACCGGUGUAAAAUAUGUGUGUGAAACUUAAAUAAUUUUUCAUGUAGAUCACAAUUAAUAUCUUUGUUUGUGUAUUGGCGAAGCCCUUUUGUUCGGAUGAAAAUGUACUGUACAAAUGUCAUUGUCGGUCCUUAAAUACAUUUCCGUGUUUUUGUGCUCUCUUACGAGUUUAGAGGGAACAGUCAGGAAAACAAACAGGUCGAACGAAGAAAUAUCAGUAACCGGUCUGUUGAAGAGGUUAUUUCACGGGGAAUGGCUUGUUUUCAUGCAUUUGUUAAUCCAUGCAUGUAGCUUUUUCUACACAUAUUCGUGCUUUUGAAUAUCGUUCGUUUUGACCCGUGCUAGCAGCAGAGUAUGUUGCCGCUUUCUAACAUUGGGUUAGGGUUUAUGGAGCACGUAGUCUAUCCGCUGCGGUGUUGUGUUUUUCAUGUCAGUGUUUAUCAAUUCUAACUCGACGUCCAUAGAUAUACAUUGACCGCAUUCCGCUUUAAUUUCGGUGCUAUAAAUUGAUCGCUAUGCAUACGAGGCGGUUGGUGAAGCGUUCAAUCCUGGGGAGCCGGGUGUAUGCGCCGAGUCCGACUGGGGACGGGGCUCCGUUGACAGGACUGGUACAGGCUGUCAAGCAGGAAAACAGAGACGUUUCAACCGGACCUCGGCGUAACGUCUACACGGUACUAAUGCAAGACGGAAGCCUGAAAGAAUUCUCCGAGGACGAGAUAGCCGUGGGCUUCAACCAAACGACGGCGAAAGGACCGCUCAAAUCCAGCUUGAAGCAGAGCUCCAGUAACGGCCGGGGGGACGGGACUCCACACCAGGGCCAGAACGGGGAGGCCAACUCCCUGAGCCCAGAUGCGGUGGAGGGGGAGCGGGCAGUGGAUGGCAGGAGGACAGGGCGCACCUUGGAGGGUCCUGAGAGGGACCACACCCGCUCUGUCUCCCUGCUGGACCAGAAACGUAAAGUGGUGUCAUCCAGCAUCGAUGUGCCCCAUGCCAGGAAGUCAGAGGAGGAAGUGGACAUGGACAAGGUGACAGCAGCCAUGGUUCUGACCAGCCUGUCCAGCAGUCCACUGGUCAGGAGCCCCCCAGUCAAAGUCAGCGAGGGUCUGAAUGGCUCGUGGAAGGAGAGUGGUGGGGGCUUCACACCCUCCAGUUACAGCAGUAGUGGCUAUUGGAGCUGGAGUGGCCCUAGUGACCAGUCCAACCCGUCCACCCCCUCCCCACCGCUAUCUGCAGACAGCUUCAAGCCAUUCCGCAUGUCCAGCGUCAACGGCCCGCCCCCCGACGACGCCAUCGACGAACAGGAUGGCAGCAGCCUGCUCUUCGACGAGCCAAUCCCACGGAAGCGCAAGAACUCCAUGAAGGUGAUGUUUAAGUGUCUGUGGAAAAACUGUGGGAAGGUUCUGAGCACGGCUGCUGGGAUACAGAGACACAUCCGGACCGUUCACCUGGGGCGUAACUGUGACUCUGACUGCAGUGAUGGAGAGGAGGAUUUCUACUACUCGGAGAUCAAACUCAACACAGACUCAGUCGCUGACAGUCUGAGCAGCCUGUCCCCCGUCUCCCCCUCCGUACUCUCCCCCAUCUCUCCCCCCCAUGACCACCACAGACGACCCCCUGCAGAGGGCAGCAACGGGACCAAUGGGAACAAGGAUAAUCACAGCCACACCCACUCCAACAGUACGCCCCUCAGUCGCUCUGCCCCCAGCGCCCUCUACCUCAUCCACGCAGAGCACGCUUACCAGGCCACAGCUCCAGUCACCAUCCCCUUCUCUGGCUCUGCUGCCUCAGGCUCUGCUGCCUCAGGCUCUGUUGCCUCAGGCUCUGUUGCCUCAGGCUCUGCUGCCCCAGGCUCUGCUGCCUCCACCUCCUUCACCCCCAGCAGCAGCUCGACCUUCAGUAUCUCCUGGCAGUCACCUCCUGUCACCUUCACUGGCACUGCUGCAUCUCCCACCCACAGUCGGACACAGAGCUUUGGGGAGCAGCGGUCCCAGACAAUAGCAGUCCUCUCCUCCCCUCCCAGAGCCACUGGCUCACUCAGCCGUAAGUCCCGUGGCGAGGGUAAGAAGUGUCGUAAAGUGUACGGAAUGGAGAACAGGGACAUGUGGUGCACUGCCUGCCGAUGGAAGAAAGCCUGCCAGAGAUUUACCGACUGAACCAACCAAGUAACCGACCAACCGUGAGGGUUCCCCGUGGGAACCAGGGGUGUUCCUUUCUGUUCCCGUCCUACGCAAGCGUUGUCACUCCAAAACCAACGUUGUCACACCCUUCUACAGUCCUGGUCCACUCCACCCCAACCAUAACCCGACCCCUCCUGACCCACCCCAGCAGGACCAAGGGGGUGGAGCCUCCUACUGUUCUGAGUAUAUCCCAAGCUAACUCCAGCUCUCUCCCAAGACUUCCAACCGGGGAACAAAAAUAACCUCGGACCUAAUUGUCAGGUCAGCCAUUAAGGGACCAGAAAAGAAGCACAUUUUGUCCCAGAACGUCUCAGUAUUUUUUUUAAAAUUGAGAAUGGGCUUUUUUUUUGCUUUGAGAGAAGGUCAUAAUAAAAAGAUAAUGGGGAAAAU